AUGCCCGUCGCCAACGACGAUACGCUGACCAAAGUGUCCUCGGAGGCUGCCACUGAACUCGUCCAGUCCUUCUACCCAGCCCUGCAGUCCAACCGCGACGCCAUCGGCUCAUUCUACCUCCCCACGCCGACAACGAUCUUAUUCAACGGAAAUCCCGUGGCGGAUGGGAGCGCCGUGCAGGAAAUUUUCGUCAACCAGAUGCCCGCCGCACACUAUGAAGUUCAGUCAUUCGAUUGCCAGAUCAUCAAUCGCGCAUACCCCACGACCACCGCGGCGGGCGUGAAACCUCCGGCCCAGAUGACGGUCAAGGACAUGUCGGUACUGGUCAUUGUCAGUGGCCAUGUGCGGUAUGGAGAGGCGCGCGAUCAGCCCCAGCGCGGAUUCAGCGAGACCUUUGUUCUAGUUCCGAAUCCGUCGUCGGAUCGGGCGAAGCGCAGAAAGGAGUGGCUUAUCCAGAGUCAGAACUUCCGGCUUGUUGUCUGA